AUGAAUGACGUCAACGAGUAUAUAGUAUAUGCUAAGAAAAUGGAAAGGGGAACGCGUGCGGGAUUUGCGCAUUUUGUACUCGCUGCAGGAAGCGAGGAUCCGGUGAUGGACAAGGCAAUUACUGGCCUUUCAGAGCUAACACCGAACAACUUUGACGAGCCAAGGCCUGUUUCUCCGAUAAUGUUGGAGCGUUAUGUGACUAACGAGAAAAACAAUAACAAAGAUGACAUCAUACCACCAACAAAAAUGACCACAAAUCUAAUAUUGCCCAACAACGGAGAGGCCAGAAGAGUAAUGGUUCAUAUGCAGAGUCAAGUGACCCAGAAGAAUACAGGUGACGUCAUACCGGCCGAGAGUCAGAACGAUGAUGUCAAAGUAGCCGAGGAGACUACAGCAGAGCCCAUAAGGAGUCAUGCGGCGCAGAGUCAGAACGAUGACGUUAAACCCUUCGGGGAGACAACAACAGAGCCCAUAAGGAGUCAUGCAGUGCAGAAUCAGAACGAUGACGUUAAACCAGCCGAGGAGACAACUACAGAGCCAAUGAGGAGUCAUGCAGCGCAGAGUCAGGACGAUGACGUUAAACCAGCGGAGGAGACAACUGCAGAGACAGUGAGGAGUCAUGUGACGCAGAGUCAGAACAAUGACGUCAUACCAACCGAGUUGACAAUGGCAAACCCGUCAUUACAAACUAAAGUGGAACCUGAAGAGGAAGACUCGUAUACUCAGGAGAAAAAAAUGGAAAUGCCAGGUGGGGACAUGAAAUGUGAAGCAAAUGAAAGUUGUCAAGGUUUUCGAGUUGAAAGCCCCGAACAAGCGAAAAUCGUUUGCAACAGAUAUGGUCCCCGUUGCAAAGGCUUCGUUUAUUCUUUGAAAUCUGGUAAAUUCAUCCUAAAAGGCGCGUUGACGGAUAAAAUAGUGUUUUCAACUGAACAUGACCUCUAUGUAAAGAGCGACUUCGCGCAAAGUAAUAAAACUUUGCAACAUGGCAGCUGUAUUGUACCGUUGGAUCAGUUCCAGUCUUUUUCUGACGGAUGCCGCUUGCCAGAGCUUGACCCAAAUGACGAAAGUAUAAUACAGCUUAUCUCCCGACCAACCCCAAUUCAGUGCCCAGGCUUCCAGCUGACACGCUACGAGGGAGGAGUUUUGGAACUUACGGACGAAAUCAGUAAAGUCGAAAACAUCACAGCAAUUACCUAUCAACCCAUUCUACGCCCUGAUCACAAAGACUGGGGAUUCGUAUCGGGAGAUGCGGUUAAUCUUCAAACACAUGAAACAAAGUUCCAACUGGGCUCGGAAUUCGUCCGAGUUCAGCUUAGCACUGCAGAUGGCAAAAAACACGUGGAAUACCACGCCCAAGUCAUCCCCAGAUCCUUGACACAGGCUAACAGCAAAGAAGGCCUUCCGCUAAGCGUCGUCGUAAUAGGAUUUGAUUCAUUGUCCGCAGCUCACUUCCAAAGGGCUCUACCUGAGGCAUACAAGUUUAUGUCUGAGGAGCUCAACUCAUUGUUUCUCAAAGGUUACUCUAUCGUCGGUGAUGGAACCACUCCUGCGCUAACAGCGCUCAUGACAGGUAAAUUUGAAUCAGAGCUUCCUGAAGCUCGACGGCAGUUCCCGGAUACUGCAUCUCUAGACCGCUGGCCACAUAUAUUUAAGGACUUCAAAGAAAAGGGUUACGCAACAUUGUUCAGUGAGGACUGCCCGGCGUACGGAGCGUUUAACUAUCGACUUCAUGGCUUCACAGAGCCACCUACCGAUCAUUUCUCACGUUUCUUUUGGGAAGCAGCUCACCUGACAUCGGCGCAUUGUAUCCACAGUAAAAAACAACACAGGAUUCAUUUUGAUUACAUGAAGUCUUUCCUCGAGGCCUACAGAGGGCGGCCCAAGUUUGGUUUGUUUUUCCUCACUGACAUUUCACACAAUAAUUUGAAAUCUAUUUAUCACUGCGCUGAUGAUUUCUCGGCCUUGUUAAGGGAUUUAUCUGAAGAGAACUUGUUAAACGACACUUUGCUGGUUGUGAUGUCAGAUCAUGGCUUUCGAUACGGCGACACAAGGGCUACAUUUCAGGGCAAGCUGGAAGAACGCCUUCCGAUUAUGUCUUUGACAUUUCCACGUUGGUUUCUUCAGCAGUAUCCUGAAUUGAUCCACAACUUGAAAGAAAAUACUGACAUUGUAACGUCACCUUUCGAUUUAUAUGCCACCUUUAAACACGUCCUUAGCUAUCCCCAGGCUCCAGCUAACUUAACAAGGGGAGAGAGCUUGCUCACCACUAUUAAUCGAUCACGUAGCUGCGAAAAGGCUGGAGUCGCCGAACAUUACUGUCCAUGUAUUCAGUGGAAAGAGAUCGACACGCGUACAAUGCACGUGCAACGUGCAGCUCAGGCGGUCGUUGAUCACGUGAACAACUUAACGGCGUCUGAUCCUUUAAGUUUAAGCCUAUGUUCGCGUCUGGAAAUAGACAAAGUUUCAUCAGCUUAUCAAAAACUUCCAAAUAUUAAAGUCGCCCAAUUCCUUGGUUCCAACGACGUGCACGGAAGAAAGCCAAUAUUCUCAAGAGAUGUCCCAGUUAAUGAAUGCUUAUAUCAAGUACAGAUACAGACUGUCCCAGGAAACGGGUUAUACGAAGCAUCAGUAAAUGUGCUGGACGGUAAAUAUCGAGUAACCGGCGACAUAAGCAGGAUUAACUUGUAUGGCGAACAGCCACGGUGCAUUCUUGAGAAGAGACCAGAUUUACGAAAGUUUUGCCUCUGCAAGGAUUACGGCGGAUAAUAAUUUAUAAUUAAAAGCUUUUCGAAAAAUAACUGCGGGAGGAAUUAUCUGCGAAUUUUUUUUUUUUCAAUCACGCUAUUUGAAUAUUCCUGAUAGGCAACAAUUUUGUACAGCACAUUUGCCGCCCUUCGAAGCAGACUUGUGCAACAAAUGUUUUUCACCAAUUUGAAAUUUCGAAGAUCAACAAUGGAUAGUUUAGAGCUAAUCAUAUGCAGUUACCCUGCUCGGAAAGUCACAAAGAGUGGGCUGGUCUCAA